AUGGAUCCUUCUUUCCUGGAAGCUGCAAAAUUUAUUUCUAACGAAUACAGAGAUCUAAAUGGGACUGGCAUUGAAAUUUUGGAUCAUCCACCCUCUGCCAUAGAGUUCAGUCGAGUAAUUCACAUAUCUCGUCCAACAAUUAUCAAAGGUUUCCGAUUUCCUGCUCUGGAUCUCUGGACAGAUGAAUAUCUAACAAAAAAGAUGAAGGAAAAUCCAAUCUCCAUUGCCACAACUCCGAACGGACUGGCAGAUUCAAUUUGUCGCGCAUCAGAUGGCCGUUUGUAUUUCGUCGAGCCCUUCAUCGAAAAGAUGACAAUGCAGCAACUACUUUUCAAGCUUGGCUCCAAAACAACAUCACCAAAACCCGAAAUCUAUUACCUUCAGUCUCAGAACGGAAAUCUCUUCUCGUCGAGCUCUUUUGAUUCUGAAUCCAACGAAGCGACUGACAACAACUCCGAAUUUUUCCCAUUGUUGUCAGAUGUACCAAAAGAAGUGCCAUGGUGCAGUGAAGCUCUAGGACAACAUCCGGACGCUGUCAAUCUAUGGAUUGGAAAUGAACAAAGUAUAACCAGCAUUCAUAGCGAUCCUUACGAAAAUAUAUACACCGUUGUGCGCGGAGAAAAACAUUUUGUCCUUCUUCCCCCAAGCGAUUCAUGGUGUCUCAAAGAGCGUUACUACCCGCAUGCAACGUAUACUCGAACAUCCUCUUCCGAAGCUCUCGAAAUACUUCCCUCGACGGAGGAUAUUCCUCAAGUUCGAUGGUCUUCCAUCCUGGAUCCUGAUUCACCGAAUGCCUUCCCGAGUGAAAUAACGCCAAUCAGGGUGACUCUCAAAGCUGGAGAGUCCUUAUACUUACCUGUUGGAUGGUGGCACUAUGUUCGCCAAUCAGGUCUGACCAUUGCUUUGAAUUGGUGGUAUGACGCUGAAAUGAGGGGAAUGUCUUGGACUUUGCUAAACUUUUUGAGAAAUUCGACGACUAUACAUGAUGGUAAUUAUAAUGAUAAUACAGAUUAG